AUUAUUAUGGAGAUAAACUAAAUAUACUACGUGGUGCUGCAACCUAACAGUAGACUUGAUGCAUAAAUAAAGUACGAAAUGGGCCGAAGAAGCAGGGGAAGAAGGCGAAAUCCUGUUUUGCUUCGAAGAUAUGGCUACUUUGAAUGUGACCGUUGUAAUAAUAUGUGGGAGAGUUCCCAAGUAUAUGUAUGGAACUACGACGAAGAGCAGGCAGCUUAUGGACAAAAAUGUCGCAGAUGCCGUUGGAUCAAUGAUCCGUAUGAAAUUGAACGUCUGCGAUGUCGAUACUGUGACGCAGUAGACUGUGAGUGUGAUAAUGAUAAUCGAGAUCGUCAUAUCAACACACGUAUACCACACAAAAGAGACCUAUGUAUGAAAUGUAAGGCUGGGUUUCCUUGUGAAACAGAUGAAGACAAAUAUUGUCUGUGUUAAAUGACUCGACUAUUUUAAGUUUUUCACGUGUUGCAAAGGAGACAUCAUUGCGUCAUUGUCAACAACCUCGAGUUGCUGAGACGCCUUUUUACAGUCUCCAGGGCACACGGCAAUUUUAAUCUAUGUUUUCAUACCUUUAUUUUUAUUUUUAGACUUCAUACUUUUAUGCGUCCAGGAGCUACUCAGCCCGUUUUAGUGCUAAUGAACCUCAAUGCAUUUCAUUUAAUUCCAUUUUAGUUAUUUUAUUAAAAAGAUAAUUAUCAAAAUGUGCAUUUCUUUUCUUACAAUAAAUAUCAUGAUAAUAAUCUG